ACUAUACCUAGUUAUCUCCCCUCCAUUGACCGCUUGACGAACUCCGCCGAUCGCAAAUAGCCUACAAUGGACUAAAGACAGGGCUAGUAAAGAUUCGGCGGAUGAAGAUCCAAGAGGCCAAGGAAUUUCUCUGCAUUCCGAGUCCGUCAAAGUUAAAGAUAAAAUCUACCAGGAAUCUGAAAGGCAGGAGGAGCCUUCCAAGCCGCUGAAAGAUCUCGUGACUGUCGCUUGAACAACGUCAAGGCUGAACUCAUUCUUUGGCUCACUAUUGAUCGUCUGUCUACGAUAAAACUUUUUUAUGUUCCAUAUUCUUUCCUAUGUACCAGUUCAAAUAAUCACCAUCCUCUGGUCCAAGGGUGCCCCUCACUGACUAUACAAAGAGCGCUACCAAUAAUAAUGGAUGCCAUCCCUGCACCAGACGAGCCUUCGAACUCCAUCACAGAACUGGGCCAAACACUACUAGUUGAGGAAAAGAACGCUCCAGAUGCAAAUGAGGUCAUCGCAAACCGUCUCACCCGGCUCGCGCACCUAUCAACCCUCCAUGAGUACCAAAGGCAUCCUUCAACCCUUGAUUCCAGGACGGUAAACCAAUGCCUCGACACACUGGAAUCACUACUAGAUCCGCGUUCAAAUCUCACGAGAGAGAUCGCGCUAUGCCGCCCUCCGCAACCCCGUCCUGAACCUGCCAUUAACUUUUCUAAGCCGCCAAGGAAACUUGAAGGCCCGAGAACACCGCCCAUCUCUCCCUCAAGCCCUCAUUCUCGUUCACGUUCCUUGGAUGCGGUUUCGGCGAGUCGACCGGCGCGAAUGCGCCAUGACCUAGCAGCUAUCAAUGACCAAGUGAAGAUGCUCGGCAAAGAAUUCGUGAAGCGCCGCGAAGAGACGCUCUACAUAUAUUCACUAUAUGAUAGCGAGCGAAUGGGGCUGCAACGGCUGAUUGCUGAAUUAGGAGCUGAGAUUGAAGAACUACGAGCGGACAUGCAGGAAGACUUGGCGGAGCGGGAAGCGCUUCAAGGUACUGUACGUGGGUUGGAGGCUUGGGUCGAUGGAUGGCAGGAAGAAUAUCAGCUGGCACUUCAAAAGAAAUCAACGGAAGCACCUGGGUCCGGCGGGAGAGGAUGGUGGAAGAAGAAAGCUAAAAAUUCCGGUGGCUUUGACGCUGAUACACUUUUUGAAGGCAUCACAGCUUGGAUGCGAGGGUGGACUGACGUUGAGGAAGAAUUCCGCAAUCGAGAUAAAGCUCGCAGGUCCAGGAGGGAGAGCAAGCAUCGAAGCCAACAUAGAGCACCCCCAGAUAUCGACUAAUCAUCAAAGCUUCAACUUUCAUUGAUUCUAAAUGUGAUCCAGAUGGUAGGGACAAAUGACAAGUGUCCGAUGUAAUAUUAAUCUUUUUAUAUCAUUUGCUCGUAUCACCAAGGUAUAGAAAACUACAGCGACAUAGAAUAGAAACAAAACAAAGAGUCAACGUAU